CCAAGCCAGUUCCCAGAGCCACAGCUGAUGGAAGAACGCAGAACUCGUGUAAAGCCGUACUGGAAAAAUUAGACCACGAUGAAUCCCUUCGCGCUAUCACCAGAUAUUCUUGGCAACUCCAUCGAGAUAAAAACUUAGCAGGUUUAAGAAAAAAAGUCUGCCACUAGACGCGCGAUAAAGACGAACAUCUACUAUUCGCUGGCGCCGUUCGGUUAGCUCUUGGACGACUGGCGAACAGCGCACAAUCGUCUGCAACGAAGGCCUGCGCCCGAUAAACUCGUGGAGUGGGACAGAGACGAUCGACGCGUUGCAUAACACCACCGCUAGGAGUGCGAAAUGAGCGUGGAACGUGGGUGAGCCUGUCACGCACAGUGUCCAAGAGGAUCAUCUCUUCCAGGUGGUCACUGGCAUCGAGGAACAUGCAAGGACAUCCGGAUUGGAGGCCGACAGUGGUGAUAACGUGCAGUUUAGCGGUUGUUUUCGUGGUGGUCAUGUGGAGCAUACGAAAGAGAUCCUCCUCGGAUAAAUCGAAAAGGGCGAAGGAGAAGGACGCGAAGGAGGACGAAGAAAUCGAGGAAAUCGACACUUCCAGUGGCGACGUUGACCACGAAGUCUACUUGGCGAUCUGUCCGACCAAUGAUAACAUUCCUGAGUUGCCCUAUCCGAAUUGGGUGAAAGUGGGUGAAAUUCAAGAGUUGUACGCGUACCCUUUGAAGUCUGGACGAGGAAAGGCUGUCAAGGAAUGCGAUUUCACAGAGUUUGGGAUCAGCAUUGAGAGCAAAGGGCACUUCACCCUUCGAGAUAGAAUGUUUCUAGUGUACAACGAGGAAACUGGCCGCUUCCAGACUGGCAGGCAGUACCCAACGCUGAUUUUGGUUAGCCUGUCCGCGGUGGACGAGACCAAGGUGAAACUCGAAGCCGUAGGGAUGCCCAGCAUGGUUUUCACGGUGCCAAAAUGUUCAGACGAAAGCCCCGAAGCCGUUCAAUGCACAAUGUGGUGGGGAGAGCCGGUGAAGUGUAUCGAUUGUGGCUCAGAACCUGCUGAAUGGUUAUCAAGAUUUCUGACUGGAACGAAUUCGGGGCUACGAUUGGGCUGCGCCAUGAUGGACAAACGAAAUAUCACCGAUGGCCCUUGGGAAAAUUACACCAAGGUGUACAAGACGCUCAGAAACGAGGAUACUGGUUUAUUCAGCGAUCUGGCCAGUUACAUGUUGAUGACCACACGGUCCGUUGAGCUUCUAAACGAGAAACUGGAGAUACCUGUACCUGCCUUACAAUUCCGUCCGAAUAUUUUAGUCUCCACGGAAAAACCCUUCGAAGAUGACAACUGGGAAUGGAUUAAAAUUGGCAGACGAGCUGUGAUCAGAAACGUCAAACCGUGUACGAGGUGCAAAUUUAUUCGAGUGAACCCUGAAUCUGGCAUUAUGGAUGAACAGGAGCCGUCGAAAACGCUGAAAACUUUUCGAGAACUGAUGGACCCGGAACGUGUUAAACUCGAGGGAAAAGUGCCAACGAUUGGAAUACUCUGCGGACUAUACCUUUCUGGAAGAGUGAACAUCGGAGACGAAGUUUUCGUGCACGUGCCUGACAAUUCCUCCAUAGAAACGCGUCAACCUGAAGAAACUGCAAACUAGAACUUAAAACCGACAAAAAAAAAAAAGAA